CCACAGGAAGAAAAGCAGUAUUGUGUCCAAAUCUAAUGACCAAAGCCCCUGGUUUUUUCUUUUUCACCAAAAACUAAUGGUAUAGUAUCUCCCCAAAUCCCCUCCUCCUCCUCCUCCCCUUCCCUCCCCUCCCUCUCCUUCUUAUACUCUCCUGCCUUUCGCUUUCCACAGUUCAUCUUUCACCAAAUGCCAUCCCUUUCAUAGCCUAACCAGCUCCAAUAUUCCUUUCUAUGUCCUUAGAUGCUAUGCCACCUAUCCACUUCAUUGUUUCUCCCUCAAAGGUCUCACCUUUGGGGUUUUUGGGUUCUUAACAUUUUUAGUUUUGCAGAAAGUUGAGUUUUUUAUGAGGAUUGAGGGUGGGAAGGUGGCGGUUGAGAUGCCACGGUCGUCUUCUAGGAAGGGCCGCCGCCGGAAGAAGGAGGCGGGGGCGCCGCCUCCUGCUGUACAGAGGCUGUUUGAAACUUGCAGGGAGGUGUUCUUUGGUUGCGCUGCAGGAGUUGUGCCGUCUCCGGAGGACGUUGGGCAGCUCAAAGCCGUCCUUGAUGACAUGAAGCCAGCAGACGUGGGCUUAGCGCAGACCUUGCCGUAUUUUCUUAAGGAUAAUGCCAAAGGAGCUCCACCUGUGGCAUACUUACAUCUUUACGAGUGUGAUAAAUUUUCGAUCGGUAUCUUUUGUUUGCCUCCAUCUGCCGUCAUUCCUCUGCAUAAUCAUCCAGGCAUGACUGUUUUCAGCAAGAUUCUCUUUGGCUCCAUGCACAUAAAAUCUUAUGACUGGGUUGAUGUUCCUCAAAACUCUGUCGAGACUGAGACUACCUCACAUAGUUGUGAAAUUCCACCAAAAGUGAAGCUAGCAAAAUUGAAGAAGAACUCUGUCUUCUCCGCACCAUGUGAAACGUCAGUACUCUAUCCGAUGGCAGGAGGCAACUUGCACUGCUUCACAGCAAUUACAUCUUGUGCGGUGCUGGAUGUACUCGGCCCUCCUUACUCGGAUGCCGAAGGGAGGCAUUGUACAUAUUACAAGGACUUCCCAUACUCGAGUUUCUCUGUUGACAAGAUAUCAAUGGCUGGUGAAGAAGGUGAGCAUGCAUGGCUUGAAGAGAUAGACAAACCCGACGAUUUCGUCGUUGUAGGCGCAAAAUAUUUCGGUCCAAAAAUCGUAGUUCAGUGAUUUGUUGUUAUUGUUGGUGAUGUUGGUUUAGAUGAGAAUGAAUGUCUUGUUUCUCCAAGUUGAAGUUUUGUAAAUACAAAGAGAAAAUGAAUAAUAGAAGAAUCCAAUGGUCUCAAGAGU